AUGAGCGCCAUCCUCUCAGCAGACGACCUGAACGACUUCAUAUCCCCAGGUGUAGCGUGCAUCAAGCCGAUUGAAACUUUGCCCGAGAAGGCAGACGGCCCGAAUCCAUACGAAGUCACUACUGAAGACAAGGCCGCGGCCUCCAAACCUCCACCCGCCUCGAUAUCCCUCACGGACUGCCUCGCCUGUUCCGGCUGCGUCACGUCCGCUGAGGCCGUCCUCGUAUCUCUUCAGUCACACAAUGAGGUCCUGAACACGCUUGAUGCGCACCCUCCGCUGCAAUUACCGUGGGCGCCAUAUGCAUACAAGAAUGUUGCAACCAACAGCACACACGGAGGUCUUGACGAAGGGAUGGAGGGAUUCGAUGACGAGACUCUACGAGGCAAGCUCUUCGUUGCCAGCGUUAGCCCUCAAGUUCGAGCCAGUGUAGCCUCCACCUACAACGUCAGCGAGGGCGAAGCUGGUAACAUGAUCUCGCACCUCCUCAGCGGACCUACAGGCCUUCGGUCGGGCGGCGUGUAUCGAAACGGCUUCACCUGGAUCAUCGACGCAAAUACCCUGCGCUCUGCGGCCCUCGUAGCCGCGGCCGAGGAAGUCGAUUCCGCGCUCGCUAACCCUUCCGCUGCUGCUGCAGGCGCAGAAGGUUCGAUGGAUACGAAACCGAAGAAACCGAUCCUUACAUCCGCAUGCCCAGGCUGGAUAUGCUACGCCGAGAAGACCCAUCCACACGUCCUCCCACAUCUUUCCCGCCUCAAAUCUCCUCAAGCCCUCACAGGAACCCUCGUCAAAUCCGUCUUGGCCCAGCGCUACGGCAUCCCGCCCUCCAGCGUCUGGCAUCUCGCCCUGAUGCCCUGUUUCGACAAGAAGCUCGAAGCGAGCCGCUCAGAGCUGACCUCCUCAUCCUGGAUAUCCUCAACUUCAUCUCCUGCGGAAAGCGAGGGUGGGGUAAGAGACACAGACUGCGUAAUCACAGCCCGCGAACUGCUCCAUCUCGCCUCCGCGCGGAACAUUGACUUCGGCUCGCUACCACGCACACCCCUUCCCUCAUCAUCCCGCAUACCAUUCCCAGACCCCCUCCUCGACGCCUUUCUAUUUCCCCGCCGGAAACGACCUGGCAACGGCGACCCCGACGGCGGUUCCAGCGGCGGCUACCUCUGGCACAUCCUCCAAACCCACCGCGCCGCGCACCCCGGCUCCAGCAUUAAAAUCGAGCGGGGCAGAAACGCCGACGUGGUCGACUACCUCCUGCUCAGCUCCACCGGCGCCGUGAUCCUGCGCAUGGCGCGCUACUACGGCUUCCGCAACAUCCAGAACCUGGUGCGGCGGCUCAAGCCGGCCAAGGGGAGUCGCAUGGGUGGUGCGCGGGCUGUGGGUGGUGCGAGAAGGGCGAAUGGCACGGCGGGGAAGGAGGAGGAGUACAGUUAUGUAGAAGUCAUGGCGUGUCCUGGGGGUUGCACGAAUGGUGGAGGGCAGAUCAAGGUGCAGGAGGUUGCAGAGAUAAGAGGGCUCGAGGUGAUUAGUACGGAAGAGGGGUCGAUGGGACAGCCGGUUAAGCUGGGUCCGAAGGAGCAGAGGGAGUGGCUGAGACGGGUGGACGAGGCGUAUUUCUCUGCUGAGAGCGAGAGUGAUGGGGACGAAGAAUUGGAGCCGGAUGGUGGCGAUGUGGACGCAAUGGAUGUCGAUCAAAGAGAUGGGCGCGGGGAAGUGGUGAAUGGUAUCGAUACGGGAUACGUGAGGGAGAUGAUGCAGCAUUGGGCUCAGUUGACGGGAGCUGACUUGCAGACGCUCCUGUUUACGAGCUACAGAAAGGUGGAGAGUGAUGUGGGGAAGAAGGUGGGAGACGUAGAGAGAGUUGCUGGAUUGGCGAGCAGCAUCGGUGGUGGAUGGUAG